AGCACGGGCACACGAGAAAUGAAUAAAAAGAUAUAAAGGCGCAGGAAAUCAGUUCCCUCGAUCUAGAAUUUGACGACGAAGAUAAUGGCGUCUUUUCGGGUCGACUCCAACGAAAAGGAGUUUCAGCGUGCUUUGAGUGAGUAUUGGCGUCGUGUAGCUGAAUCCGAGGGUUUUGACGUUGAAGGUAUCGUAGGACCAGUGGGUAAUGUUAUGUCUGGACAGAUGAUAUCCUUUGAUUGCGAAGGUCUCAACUCCCGUAAUUAUCCCCUUGGUUGGAAGGUUUAAGUGUUACGGGAAACUUGGUCUUCAUCGUUACAAUUUGAUUCAGGGUACAAACUUCGAGCUACAUAGUUUGUUCAAAUUCAACAAGCGGGGCUCUGGGUGCUUCUUCUUUCUUCAUCACUUUGGCUGCUCGUGCUACAGAUACUUAUUGUUGGAUGCAAACUUUUCAGGUUCGUGUUGAUGAAAAGCAGUAUGCAUGUCUGAAUGUCGUUUGUUCUGUUGCCCGGAUUAGCGGUGACACCUCCGCACCGGCAACACCGACUCUCACAGACAGUUCAGUGCGUGGAGAAUUGCCUGCUUGGCCUUCAGAUGUUGAUAUCCAACGGUUUUACAUGGUGGAUCAAUCAGAGUUACUAAGCACCCACUGGAUUCGUUUGUACCUCGAGCUUGUUCUUUGUUUAAAAUUUGUGAAACUGCCAAAGGGGAUUGAUGUCUCCAGUUUGGAGUUUGUAAAAGUGGCUAUAGAAACUGACGAGGAGACUCCGCUCAAGGCCAAAAGUUCAGUCCUCUAUAUAGCUUUUAAAGGAUUGGCUGUUGAUGGUGCUGAUGAGUCAGUUGAACAGAGAGCUAUAAUCAAAAGCGUGUUCAAUGAGGUUACAGGAUGCUUGGCUGUCAAGGGUGACUUAUGGAAAGGUGAAGAUUAUGUGGCUCCUAUGAGUAUAUUUGAGCGCCGCCUUGCUUAUCACCUAAGCAGAGUCCGCGCUUAGGGCCACUAUCUGUUGUUUUGUUUUUUAGAUUUGGUAUCUUCGACUUUGGUGUAAUAAUAUAACUAUUUCUGUGUUUUACUUAUGCGUUUGUAUUUGAAUAACAUUGUGCUAUGUAUUUAUUGUCUGGUCGCAGUUUUAGUA